ACAAGAAAGACACAAAUCCAUAGCCCUCAUAAAAAGUCAAGCUUCCACACCAAAAGUCAAGGCCUUUGAUCAAUUCUCAACAAUUUGUUGAUGGGGCAGAAUUCUCAAUAACAACAGUAGCUCUAACAAAUUGAGUUCUCAUUUCUCAUGAAAUAUACCAAGAUCAAAUUUUUGAUCUCUUUUUUUAAUUCUAAAAACAACCAAACAAAAACAUCAAAACCAAUAAACUUAAAAGAGGUAAUAGCAAGAGAUAUCUCACAUUUAAUACUGUUUUCACUUCAAUCUCAGAGUGUGCUGUUGCAGUCAGAGUGGUAAAAAUCAGGAGCGAAUGGAACAAAUAGUUGUUAAUGGCUCAGAGUCACAAGUUGUAGUGGAUGAUUCUAAUUUGUUGCAAAAGAAAAUAUCUGCAAUUCGACUUGGGGGUCCUGCAAAGCUACAGGUAAUUGCAGAUUUUGAUGGCACAUUGACAAAAUAUCGGAUAGAUGGUUGCCGAGGCCAAGGCAGUUAUAAUGUUUUACAACAGGAGGAUCCUGAGUUCAAUGACAAGAGGCAGAAAUUAUAUGAGUAUUAUCAGCCCUUAGAAUUUGAUCCAACAAUUCCCCUUGAUGAGAAAACCAAGCUCAUGGAAGAGUGGUGGGGAAAAACACAUGCUCUUCUCAUUGAAGGAGGCGUUACAUACAAUGGAAUUCAAAAUUCCGUGGCUAAAGCCACAAUUGCAUUCAGGGAUGGUGUAACUGAACUUCUUGAACUUUUGGAGGAAAAAGGUGUUCCUGUUCUUAUAUUCUCUGCAGGUUUAGCUGACAUAAUAGAGGAGGUGCUGAAGCAGAAAGUUCAUAGAUCUUUCAAGAAUGUUAGAGUUGUCUCCAACAGGAUGGUGUUUGACGAAAAUGGCCACCUACAGUCAUUCAAAGGUAAGACAAUCCAUGUACUCAACAAGAAUGAGCAUGCACUUGACAUGGCUGCACCACUUCAUGAUCACUUUGAUGACGUGAAUGGACUGAGUGAUGAGAAAUCUGCAUUAAAAAAGAGAACUAAUGUGCUACUUCUUGGUGACCACAUUGGAGAUUUGGGAAUGUCUGACGGCUUAGACUAUGAAACAAGAAUAUCUGUGGGUUUUCUGAAUGACAGAGUGGAAGAUUCUCUAGAAAGCUACCGAAAAGCUUUUGACAUUCUCUAUCUGGAUGAUUCAUCCAUGCAUGGAGUACUCAAGCUUGCGACUCAUCUCUGUUCAACAGAAAGCGAUUGAAUUGCAUGCAUUGCUCCUAGCAAGACUGUUUCCUUUCUUGGAUUGGCAAACAGCACGAAUGACCUCUACUUUCAUACAUUCUUAUAAGAAAUUGUGUCAAGAAAAUCCCCAUUCAAGAUACAUAGCAGCACUCCUAAUAUCGACAGCUUCUCAACAUUUGUUGUCACCAUCAGGCACUACCUCAAUCUAGGCAUGUUUACAGGCUUCACAUGCAGAGAAUGGAGUGACAUCUCCGCUUUAGAGUAGAUUGAUUUACCUUGGGAAAUAAUUCAUUUGGGAACUCAUUGUAUUGCUCCGUAGCUGAUAAUGUAGCUUGUUGCAAUUCACAAUGAAGUGGUGAUUCCUUUUAUAAGGAUUCCUAGAACCAUUUUUAACAACAUUUAAAGACCACCUACCUUACAAGGUACUGAUGAUACCUCUAAGCUGCUACAAUGACUGGUGUAUCUAGUAAUUUCUUGUACGCUGUUUAUUUCCUUGUU